GUGGAAACGGAAGCCUAUAUUAGAAGAAGGAAAUCGUGGACACAGGCCUUAAUGACACAUCGCAAUGUUUAUAUAUUGAGAGUGAAAACAGCGAAAUAAUCCUCGCAAAAUUUUUUUUGUUUUUAUCACAAUGAUAGUAAACAACGAGAAUGAAUAGCUUAGGUUUAAAUAUAAUUUUGAGAAUGGGUUGCAUAUGCACUAAAGAGAUCAUUACGAUAAAUUCGAAAAAAUAUAAGGUCUGCGAGCACCUCGGAGAUGGUGGAUUUAGCACAGUACUUUUAGUUGAAGAUGUUAUUACACAUAAAAAGUACGCUAUUAAAAAAAUUGUUUGUCAUGGACCAGAAGAUCAACAAUUAGCAACAAAGGAAGUUGAGUAUUAUAAAUUGUUAAAACAUCCAAAUGUUAUAGAAUGUAUAGAUUGGACUUGCAAAGGUACUGCAGACCCACUUAUGAAUACAACGAGUGAAAUGUUAAUUGUUUUACCAUAUUAUUAUAAAGGAACUUUGGCAAAUGAUUUGGAACGACGAGCAAAAAUUUGCGAUUAUAUGAAUCCUACAGAUAUCCUCAGCAUUUUUUUACAGAUAUGUGAAGGUGUAAAAGCAUUUCAUGAGGCUAAACCAGAACCUCUUGCUCAUAGAGAUUUAAAAACCGCAAAUAUAGUGCUCAGUGAUGAUGGGAUGCCUGUUAUUAUGGAUUUGGGUUCUGUAACAAUUGCUAGAGUUCAAGUAUGUGGUACUCAAGCUGCAAGGACUUUACAGGAUUUAGCAGCUGAAAGAUGUUCCAUGCCAUAUAGAGCUCCAGAAUUAUUUAACGUUGAAAGUUAUUGUAUGGUUGAUGAACGAACAGAUAUUUGGUCGUUGGGAUGUAUAUUGUAUGCAUUAUGUUAUUUUAAAUCUCCUUUUGAUACUGUUUAUGAACGAGGUGACAGCGUAGCUCUUGCUGUGAUUAGUGCUCACGUAACAUUUCCAGAAGAUACCCCGUAUAAUGAGGUUGUAACUUGUUAUAUUUUAUGCUUCUUUUAAAUCUAUGCAUUGUUAAUAUCUGAUCAUGCUUUAGAAAUUUAUAUUUCAAAUUUUAAAUUUUGAAUAUGAGAAUUGAACAAAUA